AUGCGUUUCACUCAGGCUAUUGCUACUGCCAUUCUCUCGGCCACCAUGGUCUCGGCCAUGCCCAUUGGCUCCUCUGGAAGCGUUCUCGGAGGCGUUGGCUCCGGAGUCCAUCCUACUGUCCAGUCGGCUGGCACUACAGUCGACGGCGUUGGUACUGUUGUCGACGGUGUCGGUGGCAUCGUGGGUGGUGUCUCGACCACUCUCACUGGUACUGGUCACGUCGCCAACGGUGCUGGCAAGAACAUCGAGAACUCCAAGCGUCAGGUCCUCGGAGGUGUCCACCCCAUUGUGAACUCGGCUGGUACUACAGUGAAUGGUGUUGGCACAGUGGUUGACGGUGUCGGUGGCAUUGUCGGAGGUGUCUCUACAACCUUGACUGGCACCGGCGGUGUCGUUAACGGUCUCGGCCAGCACGUUGAGAACGCAAAGCGUCAGGUUCUCGGAGGAGUCCACCCUAUUGUUAACAACGCCGGCACAUCAGUGGAUGGAGUUGGAUCGGUUGUUGACGGCGUCGGCGGCAUUGUCGGUGGCGUUGGCAUCACCCUUGGUGGUGUUGGUGGUACAGUCAACGGUGUCGGCCAGAAUGCCGCUGGGGAGAACGUCCUCAAGCGUCAGGUUCUUGGAGGUGUUCAUCCUACUGUCAACAGCGCUGGUACUACAGUUGACGGCGUUGGAUCAGUCGUCGACGGUAUUGGUGGCAUUGUCGGAGGUGUCUCUACAACCCUGACUGGCACCGGUGGUGUCGCAAACGGUCUCGGCCAGCACGUUGAGAACUCCAAGCGUUCUCCUCUCCUCGACGCUGUCGUCGGCAACCCUCUUGUUGGUGGUGUUACCCACACUGUUGGUGAGCUCGUCGGUGGUGUUGCUCAGGGCGGCAUUCCCGCAGCCGUCAGCGACCUUGUUGGCGGUGUUGUCAAGCGCUCGCCUAUCCUCGACAGCGAGAUCGGCUCUGGACUUGGUGGUGUUGGUGAAACCGUUGAUGGACUUACCUCUGGCGGCCUUGUCGGAGGCGUCAGCGACCUCCUCACCGGCGUUACCAACCCCCUCAUCGGCAAGAUCGAGCGUGACCUCUCCACCGGCGUCAACACUGUCGUCAAGAACGUUGAUGGCAUCGUUGCUCCCAUUAUUGGCGAUGUUCUCUAA